AAUUUAAAGAGACUUAUUAAGUUACGUUAUUUUUAUUUCUUUCCAGCAAUAAAGUGAACAAAACGAGAAAUUAAACGCAUGGUAAAGACCCAUUGCUUGAAUGGUCCGUAAACAAGACUUUGAAUGUUAACGAUUUACAGUUGCUAGUUUUGUUUUUAAUUUAAAAGUUUAAUCAAUGGUCCCAUUAAAGGAAAAUAUCUGCUUCAAAAUUAUUGUGAUUAUUAGUAAUUGCUCUCUCAGCGAUCAUUUUUGAAACAACUUUUGAUUUGGGUGCUCGUAUUUGUCAUUAUCAGCCCGGCCGGGUGGAAAGACGCUUUUCAUCGAAGCUCCCUAGCUUAGUGUUAUUGUGGCUGACAAGGCAUAAACAUGUGGGUACUGCGCGUAGCUCUUGUCUGUGGCAUUCUGACCACUGUGUUGGCCUUUGGCGACGAGGCCAUCUUUGAGGAUGAGGACAUAUACAAUCAGGCGCUGCCUCCAGUCCCCCAUACCGGCAUCACGUUACCCGGGACCAAAUGGUGCGGGCCGGGCAACACGGCAGCCAACUAUGAGGAUCUGGGCAGGGAGCGGGAGACGGACAAGUGUUGUCGGGAUCACGACCACUGCGAUGAAAUCAUCGAGUCACACGGUCAGCUCCAUGGACUGCCUAUUAAUACAGAUUGGUUUCCCAUCCUAAAGUGCACCUGCGAGCAGGCUUUCAUCAAUUGUCUGCAAGCGGUGAACACCAUAGCAUCCAACACGCUGGGAAGGAUCUAUUACGGCAGCAGGAGCAGGUGCUUCGCUAACGGCUAUCCUACUCUGGGUUGUAAGCAGUACCAAGAGGGCACAUUUCGCAAACGUUGUAUCCUUUACCAGGUGGAUAAGAGCAAGGCCAAGGUUUGGCAAUUCUACGACAUGCCUUUCUUCACGAUCCAGGCGAAAAAAGGAUGACAACCGAGCAAAGAUUUGUAAAUAAAAAUAGAAUAUA